AUGGCACCUCCAUUCCCCGCCUCGCCUGUGCGCCCUUCCCGCCCCUUCCGCCCUUCCGCCCUUCCGCCCUUCCCGUCCUUCCCGCCUUUCCGCCCUUCCCGCCCUUCCCUCUCUUCCCGCCUUUCCCGCCCUUCCUUUCCGCCCUUCCCUCCUUUCCGCCCUUUCCGCCCCCUAUCCAGUCCUCGCCCUUUCCGCCCCCUAUCCAGUCCUCGCCCUGUCCGCCCCCUAUCCUACCCUUCUUCCAUCCUCCCCCUUCCGCCCUUCCUCCCUGUUCCAUAUCCCCCUUCCUCCGCCUUUCCCUUCCUCCGCAUUUCCCGUGCCUGCCCCUCUCUUCGCCCUUCCAGUAUUUCCCCCCUUUCCACCCUUGUCCAUGCCCAUACUUCCCCCUUCCCCUCACUUAUCUCUUCCCAUUUCCUCCUUGCCUUAGCUCUACCCCCUCCUCUCCACCACUCUCCCUCUCCCUCCCACACUUCCAGUCUUCCCUCCUUGUCGCGCCAUCCCCCUCCCCACCUCCCUCUCCUCGCCCUCUCUCUUUGCAUGUGUAGUCCCUCUGUCCCAAAUUUCUCCGUGUUGGGCACAUUCAAGGCCAAAGGGGGGGAGGUGAAGGAGGCGGUUAAAGCAGCGCUGGCAGCUGGAUACAGGCACAUAGACACCGCAUCAGUGUACAAGAAUGAAGCGGAAAUCGGGGAUGCUAUUAGGGAGUACGGCAUUGCAAGGGAGGAGGUGUUUAUCACAUCCAAGGCCUCGCCCUACGAGCAUGGGUUCCAGCAGGCUCUAGCAGCAUGUGCGGCGUCCGUGGAGCGCCUGCAAACAGACUACCUGGACCUCUACCUGCUGCACUGGCCUGGAGUGGCAAAGCUAGAUAGAGCGUCUGAGAAGAAUGCGGAGAUUCGGCUGGAGUCUUGGCGCGCUCUGGAGCAGCUUCAGAGAGAAGGUAAAUGCCGCGCCAUUGGAGUCAGCAAUUUCACUGCCACCCAUCUUGACCACUUGAUGACAAAUUCUGCAGCCCCGCCAGCUGUCAACCAGGUGGAGGUGCACCCGCUGCUGACUCAGCAGCCUCUGCGGGCUUACUGUGCUGAGCGUGGCAUCUGUGUGGCAGCUUAUUCCCCCCUGGGGUUCCACGAUGCUGGCACUUAUGACGCGAAGACGAGAAGCGGCGGACCGAAUGCUUCGAUCAGAAGCGAGCUGGAAUACACUCAUGGCGGAAACGCAGGGAUGAAGAUAGGCAUCGACUUGCUUGAGCCGGUCAAGGCGAAACAUCCACGAGUAUCAUACGCUGACAUCUACCAGUUAGCUGGCGUGGUAGCUGUUGAAGUAACUGGAGGUCCUACCAUUCCUUUCAAGGCUGGCCGAAAGGACUCCCUGGCUGUUACUCCUGACGGCAGGCUGCCAGAUGCUCAUAAAGGAUCUGCUCACCUACGAGAUAUAUUUUGUCGCAUGGGGUUCAGCGAUCAAGACAUUGUUGCAUUGAGUGGAUCACACACUCUGGGGCGUGCACAUAAGGAUCGUUCGGGCUUUGAGGGGGCAUGGACGCAGCAACCACUGAAGUUUGACAACACCUACUAUAUUGAGCUCUUGAAAGGAGACGCUACAGGACUACUCCAGCUUCCCACGGACAAGUGCCUCAUGCAGGACCCCAAGUUUCGUCCAUUCGUUGAGUUGUAUGCAAAGGAUGAGGAGGCGUUUUUUAGGGACUACGCAUCUGCACACAAGAAAAUGUCUGAGCUUGGGUGCAAGGAUACCUCUCCAGCAUUCUGGGAAGCUGAUGCUGCAGCCAAGGAGACUGUUAGUGCAUCCACCAUCUUGGCCCAAACCCCUUGCUUCUCCCAUGUUAGCUCCUCACUUGCACCCUUCCUCUCUUCCGCACUUCCCCCUUUCCUCUCUGUCCCGCCUUUCAUCCCUUACUUCCCCUCAUUUACUUUGCCCCCUUUCUUCCCCUCAUUCUACCCCGUGCUUCCCCUCAUUUCCCCCGCUGCUGCCACUCAUUUCCCUCCUUGCUUCCCCUCAUUUCCCCCCCUGCUUCCCCUCAUUCCCCCCCUGCUUCCCCUCAUUUCUCCCCCUGCUUCCCCUCAUUUCCCCCCCUGCUUGCCCUCAUUUCCCCCCCUGCUUGCCCUCAUUUACCCCCCUGCUUCCCCUCAUGUCCCCCCCUGCUUCUCGUCAUUGCCCUCCCUGCUUCUCGUCAUUUCCCUCCCUGCUCUCCCAUAUCUCCCAUAUCUCCCCUGUUUGACAUUUUUCUUGUCCCCCCUCUCAAUCCCUCGUAUUGUCUCCCUCUCCCUCGCUAUUCCCCCUCCCUUCCAACACCAUAUUUCAAACCCCCUCUGUCCCUCCCCCUCUGUCCCUCCCCAUCUGUCCACCCCUCUCUCUCCCUCCUCUCUCCCUCCCCCUCUCUCCCUCGCCUCUCUCCCACCCUCCUCUCUCCCUCCCUCUCUCUCCCUCCCCUUCCGUCCCUCCCCCUCGUUCCCUCCCCCACUGAAUCUGUCCCUCUGUACUUCCCCCUCUGUCCCUCCCCCUCUGUCCUUCCCCCUCUGUCCCUCCCCCUGUGUCCCUCCCCCUCUGUCCCUCCCACUCUCUCUCUCCCCCUCUCCCCCUCCCCCUCUCACGCUCCUCCUCUCACGCUCCUCCUCUGUCCCGGGUACGUGGGGGGAAGGAGGGUGGGUAUGUGGGGAGGAGGGCAGGUAUGAGGGGGGGAGGAGGGUGGGUAUGAGGAGGAACACGAGGGCGUGUGGUGUUGGGCGAAGGCAGGUGGUGCGGGGAGAGGAAGGUGGGUGCUGUGUGUGGGGGAAGGCAGGUGGUGCGGGGAGAGGAAGGUCGGUGCUGUGUGUGGGGGAAGGCAGGUGGUGUGGGGAGAGGAAGGUCGGUGCUGUGUGUGGGGGAAGGCAGGUGGUGCGGGGAGAGGAAGGUCGGUGCUGUGUGUGGGCGAAGGCAGGUGGUGCGGGGAGAGGAAGGCCGGUGCUGUGUGUGGGGGAAGGCAGGUGGUGCGGGGAGAGGAAGGUCGGUGCUGUGUGUGGGGGAAGGCAGGUGGUGCGGGGAGAGGAAGGUCGGUGCUGUGUGUGGGGGAAGGCAGGUGGUGCGGGGAGAGGAAGGUCGGUGCUGUGUGUGGGCGAAGGCAGGUGGUGCGGGGAGAGGAAGGUCGGUGCUGUGUGUGGGGGAAGGCAGGUGGUGCGGGGAGAGGAAGGUCGGUGCUGUGUGUGGGGGAAGGCAGGUGGUGCGGGGAGAGGAAGGCCGGUGCUGUGUGUGGGGGAAGGCAGGUGGUGUGGGGAGAGGAAGGUCGGUGCUGUGUGUGGGGGAAGGCAGGUGGUGCGGGGAGAGGAAGGUGGGUGGUGUAUGUAG